AUGGCAGGCUUAGCCUCCAUAAGCAAUGCGGCACCAACUGCGCGUUCCCAGCGCCAAAUCCUCCUCUGCUCCGACAGUACGACGAUGCCAUAUGGCACGAGUAGUUUAAUCCAAGGAUGGGGCUACUACAUGCACAACUUCUUCGACCUGAACAUCACCAAUCUCGCGCGCGGAGGGCGCAGCAMCCGCUCCUUUAUCAACGAAGGGCUCUGGGCGUCUUUACUAGAACGGAUCGUCCCCGGUGAAGGCACGUUCGUCCUCAUUGAGAUGGGCCACAACGACAACGGUGAUCCGAGGACCGACGCGAAGAACCGAGCUACGCUACCCGGCAUCGGGCCCGAGAGCGUCGUCGUGGCUAGUAAUGCCACCGGAGGCACAACAGAAACGGUGUACACGUUUGGCCAUUACCUCCGGAAAAUGAUCAGUGAUGUGCGGCAGGCUGGUGGUGUUCCGUUGCUUAGUGGGAUGGUCCCGAUCAUGUCCUGGACGGGGGAUGUUCUCCAACGGGACUGGCCUUUUGCGGAUUAUGCGCGUGAGGUGGCCGAGGAAGAAGGGGUGGAAUAUAUCGAUCAUACGAAAUAUGCUGUCAAUCGCUGGCAGGCUUUUGGUUCGGUCAAUGCUACCAUGCCCUAUUACCCGCUAAAUGACUAUACGCAUACAAGCUGGCCCGGAGCUGAAAUCAAUACGGAAGCUCUGGUGACAGCUGUCAAGUGUGGCCGUUACCACUGGAGAAAAUCGCAAUUGGCUCGCUAUCUGAAUCACAAUGCAAGCAAAAUUGACUAUGCUUGCUAG